AUGACUCACACGCAAAGGUACAAAGCAACUUCAGCAAAGCUUUUAGCAAUGGGAACAACUUGCAUCCCUACCUACCUAGAAAAAGCUUUCCCUCCUAUUUCACCACACAACUCGAGCUCUCCUGUUCCCUUUGAAUUCUCCCUUACAGCACUCGGUUUAACGCAGCAGCCAUUAACAUCUUCGGUUGAAACAAGCAUCCCAGAUGACCAAGCAGAAGAUAAUGUACAAGAACAAAUGGAUCUCCAUGUCCCAUUCUAUAUCAAAGUAAAAGGCAAAGGUAAGGGUAGACGAGUCUUGUACGAUGCUAUGAAAUCUUCGGUUGCUCAAAUAUACGCAUGGUUGCUACAAAGAGUAGAAUUGGCAGCACAAACAGGUCUACCCGAACCUAACUUCACAACAAGCUCUUCUGGUGCUGCACACGAGCGGAGAUUCACAGCUGAAGUAAGCUUGGACCAACUCGCAGCGACUCGCGGUUGUGGAGGAAGUAUAAAGGAAGCAAAAGAGGAAGCAUGUAAGCUACUUGCCGAGUUGAUCCUUUGCAGAAACAAAGACGCUUGUCUCACUGCCUAG